GGGCUCAGGACCAUGGCCGAUGCUAUCACCUAUGCAGACCUGCGCUUUGUGAAGGCACCCCUGAAGAAGAGCAUCUCCACCUGGCAAGAAGAGGACUCAGAGGCUUACGAGGAUGGGGAGCUCACCUAUGAGAAUGUCCAAGUGCCCUCAGCUCCAGAGUGGCCAGUGGGCUUGGCUCCAUCUGGAUUAGGGGACAAAGGAGAGGUCAAGUCGGAGCAGCCACCUGCCUCCUGUAGCUUGGUGACGUCAGCAGCCACCGGCCGGGUUCUCCCCUGCUGUGCAGCCUACACACAUUACCUCCUCGCCGGCCUGCUCCUCAUCUGCUUGCUGUUAGGAGUGGCCGCCAUCUGCCUGGGAGUGCGCUAUCUGCAGGUGUCUCAGCAUCUCCAGCAGAUGGACAGGGUUCUGGAAGCCACCAAUAGCAGCCUUCGCCAACAGCUCUACCUACAAACAACCCAGCUGGGGCAGAGGAAAGAGGAGCUGGAAGGGUCCAGGAGGGAGCUGGCACAGAGUCAGAAAGCACUACAGUCAGAACGAGAGAAUGCUAAAGAGCAGUUACAGACCUGUCAGUCCCAAAGGGAGGAGACAGAGGAGACCCUGCGGAGGAAAGAGGUGCAGCAGGCCAGCUUGGAGCAGAGGCUGAACAGCAUGCAGGCCACACUGAGGGACAAAAUGAAGCCCUUCUUUGUAUGUUCCUCAUCAGGUAUCUGCUCUGGGGACAGCUGGGAGGAGGCUGCUGGGAGGCAUGGAUUGAAGAGAAUAGCCGCUAGUGGUGGGAGGUCUAGCUAUGUAUCAGAGGGGGGCAGUGAGUUGUUGGGGAAAUGA